AUGGCCCCGCACGAAGGCUUAGUACACCAGAAGGAGUAUGACUGGCGGGACAGCAACGUCGAGCUUGUAGGCUCUGAUAUUGAUCACCGCGUCAAGUACAACUCGGCGGCUACGGAACCUGCUUGGACUACCGGGCAGAUCGGGCAAGCCGCAGGGCUGUAUGUCUGGCGCAUUGAGGAUUUCCAAGUGAUUCCAUGGCCAAAGGAGAAAUACGGCCAGUUUCACGAGGGCGACAGCUAUAUCGUCUUGCACUCCUACAAAGUCGGGGCCAAGGAUGGACAGGAGAAACUGGGCCACGAUAUAUUCUUUUGGUUGGGCAGCAAAACGUCUCAGGAUGAGGCUGGCACUGCUGCAUAUAAAACAGUUGAGCUUGAUGAGUUCCUACAUGGCGUCGCCAUCCAGCAUCGGGAACUUCAACACGAGCCUUCGGAUGAUUUCGUGGCGCUCUUUCCGCGUAUUUCGAUCUUGUCGGGAGGCGUACGCUCAGGCUUUACCCACGUGGAGACAGAUGAGCAGCCAAGGGAGACACUGCUGUUGCUAAGAAUCUUCAAGCAUCCCUCUGCCAAGCGUGCAGAUUCCAUCAUGGUUCACGAAGUUGAGCCCAAGUGGCAGAGCCUCGAUGAGAAUGACGUCUUCGUUUUAGAGAAGAAUGACAAAAUCUGGGUCUGGCAGGGUAAGAACUGCAGCCCCAUGGAGAAGGCCAAGGCGGCCCAGGUCGUCCAUGACAUGACUAUCGCAAAGCAUGUCGACGUUGAGGUCGUAUCCCAAUCCGAAUCUAGAUCGCGCGCCAUUGUGACUUUGCUUGGUGGCGAAGAUGCAGACCACCUGGACCUCAAGGCCUCGAGACCCAUCGUAUCUGCAAAGAGAGCGGACCACCAGAGGCCGCGCCGACUCUUCCGGCUCUCUGAUGCCUCGGGACAGCUGUCACUCGACGUGGUCAAGGACGGUGGGUCAACCAACAAGUCGGACCUUGAUAGCAACGAUGUUUUCCUCUUGGACACUGGCUCUGAUAUAUGGGUUUGGCAAGGUUCUGGAGCCAGCAAGGCCGAAAAGGCCAUGUGGAUCAAGGUGGCUCAGCUGUAUAUCCGUCGUUUCUCGAACUCUGAGGAUGGGAUCGAAGCACAAGCAGCCCCCGUGUCGAAGGUGGUUGAAGGCUACGAGAGCCCUGCUUUCUUCCGCGCUCUCGAGGUUUAG